AUGCAGCGAUCAAUGACCGAGUUUUAUUUAUCAUGUCAUUCUAAAAAUAAAUACCGGAUUCAGAAUAUCGGAUUAAAACAGUUUCUUAGCCCAGUGAAUCUAUUGGAUGGCGAUGAAGAUAGAAUGGCCUACGCUGCUGCUUUUGGUUCAACAGCUACUAAUUGUUUGACUUUGAUUCAAGGUCAAUUUAUACCAGAAGAUUGUCCUAUCUGGUUUAAAAUUCCAUACGCCAUGCUAGCUGUAAUCGAAAUGGGUAUAGAUUAUUAUCCAUUGUUUGCCUGUUUAUCUAAGAAAACUAGUCUAAUAGAUUCUGUAAUUGGUCUUGUUUACAGUGUACUUUGGUUUCUAGUGAAUCUCGCCCAUUGUUUUGAUUGUACCAAUAACGACGAAUGGGUGUUUCGCGGCCAGCCAAUAGUUAUUCAGUUACCAGUAUUAUUAUGUUUGUUAUAUUUGACGGCUGUUUUUCUCUCAAGAUUAUUUAAUGUGGUUCUGCACUUUGUUAUCAAACUAUUCUCAGGCCAGUUCUAUGUAGCCUCACAAAGAAAAGAAAAUGAACAAAUGAUAAAGGCCUUAGAUAGUCAGAACGGUCCUAGUUUAGCGAGAUAUCAAGUGAAACAUGUUAAAGAAUUAUUUAAAGGCAAAUGGUCCGCACUGCCGACCUUAGAUCAAUUAGAAGAACUCAAUGGAAGUGUAUUUUCUAUAUUAAAAUACCGUCAUGAUCCAACUUACAGAUUCUCUACUCGUGUUACCUCCACCUUUUCUGUGGCUUUACUUUGUCUUUACGAGUUUGCUUUAAUCUCAUUUCUUGGUGUUGAUAAAACAUUAGAUAUUUUACAAUAUCAUUUUGAUCAAGUGGAUAAUAAUGAUAUUAUUAAGAUAUUUGGAGAAGGAAUCCUCUAUCAACUAGAUCUAUUAUUAACUGUUGUCAGAGUAUCUUGGUAUGUAGCCUACUCAAUCUCAACAGUAGUCAUGGUGAACUAUGUAUUAAAGAUAUAUCUCAAAUAUAGAUUACAUAGCUGUCGACUGAUGCGAGGUGACUACUCGUUUAUACCACGUCACAUAAGAUUUAUGUCAAAUUCUCAAAUUGUGUUUUACAUCCACUUUAAAAGCUUUGACACAGCAAGUAAAAUAUGCCCUAAAAACGUCCGUUAUCCCUUACAGAGUCGUAGUCUUAUGUACAGUGGAGUACAAGUUGCUUAUAUGUUAUGGGGUUAUUAUGUGAUGAUAUUAGGUCUCGUUGCUCUGUGUAUGUUGUUUGCUUAUUUUCUGAUCCUGCCAUUCUCAGGGAAAGUCUCCUACGAAUUUACUUUCAUUUUCUGGGCAGUAAUGCCAUCAAUUGUAGUCUCCUACAUACUUUUCUUUUGUCAGAAAUUUUUCAGUGGUAGAAUAUUUCUUCAAAGCUGUUUAUUUCGUCGACGAGGAAAGUUAAGAAAAUCUUUAGCUUUGAAUAAUAGGAGGGUAUACCACAUCAUAUCGUAUUUCUUGUUUUUCUUCUAUGUUUUUGUUGGUUUAUGUAAAGCUAUUAUUCGAGUAUUUUGGGCUAUGGUUUUAGGUAUAGCCUAUCUUACUAGAAUAGAUAGAUGUAAUCUCGUACCGGGUUUUGAACACUGGGAUCCAGGUUAUCUGGCAUAUAUAAGUAUCUUACAAGUUGAAAUGGCUCACUGUCAUCCUGUACUGGUAACGUUUUGUCAUAUCUUAUUGGAGGAACAACAAACAAAUCUCAGGGUUAUAUAUAAUUCAUGUGUGGAUUCCUCUAUAAAUGAGAGUCCACGCUAUUUUCAAAGACUAAAACAAAAGAGAAUUGUGAAUCGUUGGUUAAAAUUAUAUACAUUGAUUAAAAACCCCCAAAUUCUAAAACUAAAAACUGUAGGGGAAAGGUUUUCUUCAUUAACGUGA